UUUUAAUUUAUUUCUUCUCUCCCUCUUUUUCUACUUCUGGUACGAUUUUAAUUUAUUUCUUUUCUCCCUCUUUUGUAUGCCAACUUCUAUGUCUCUUUUUUUUUUGGUGUUGGAUAUAUUCAAGCAUAUGAUGCUCUUGCUGAUGCAUUCUUGCCAUGAGAUUCAAACUUGUUUUAGUGUUUCUUCUUUUCUGAUAUGGUUGCCUCUUAAUUGAGUUCAUUGAGUUCUGCCCCAUGAUGGCACCAUUCCUUGGUUGCAACGUGGCAGGUAGGAACCAGAACCUUGCACAUGAUGUAUUCUCUUGAACUGAUGCAAGUGUAAACAACAAAUCUCCAUGCAUAUUCUACUGAUUUGCUUGUUCUUUUAAUGUUUCUUUUCUGAUAUGGUUGCCUCUUUUCUGAUUUGGGAAUUAGUAAGUACUGUAAAGGUUCUAGCUGCAGAACUUCUUUUUCCUUUGUGGUGUUGCUCUUUUAUUUGGAUUUUAUCUUACUGGAGGGGAGAUGGUAGUGUAGUGAGGGAGAUGCGUAACUUGGUUUUCUCAGUUUCGGGUGUUGCUUGGAAUUUAGGGGUGUUUUGGUUGUAUGCUAGUGGUAGCAGUUUGGGCGAGUGGUUGCAGCUGGUGCAGUGGAGUUGCUUCUUUCACUGUUGGGUUCUCGGUUGGCGCAUAUAUAAUUUUAUGGAUCAUGCGGUGGAAGGAUGGCAGAAACCACCAAACUCUAGACUCGAAAUUCCAGUAUGAUCUACAGCAGCAGCUUGCGCUCUCAUUGGAGGUACAACAGCCGCCUCCACCGUCCGUUUCACCGCCUCCACCGUCCGUUUCACAACUGCCGCCGUCCUCACCAGAGGAUAUCUCAUCAUCCGAAUCACCGGAGGUACCGUCCUCACCAGUGCUGACGUCCUCCGGUAGUGACUUGGCAAAGCUGCCACCUUCACCACUAUGUCCACCACCACUAUGUCCGCCACCACACUAUCCACCGCGUCAUCCGGUUCCAUGGUGUUCCCGACAAGCUCCCGUCGUUUCAGCUGAGCUGCCAGUCUCAGUGGUGCUGCCGUUGCCAUCACUCUAUCCGAUCCCAUCAAAAGCACCUCUUCUUCCUUGGUUAACCUGUAAGGAAUGGAAAAAAUGGAAUCGUAAGGCGGUUGGCAUGAAUCGAUAAACCUUAUUUUUAUGUUUGUUUUGUUUAAUAUUUUGUUGGUGUUCAAUAUUGAUGCUUAGACUUGAACUUUGACAUCAAAUUGAACAUCACUUUUUUUGUAUGUUACCUACAUUUGGCUUAAACCUAUGACAAACCUUGUAUGUUAGCUAACUCUUGUUUCUCCCUUAAUUUUACCAUAUGUUAUGUGAUUAAAUAGAUAUCAGUAUCUUGUUUCCACUAUUUUUGGUUUAUACAGGUCUGCAUCCUAUUAUUUGCAAUCUGUAAUAUUGCUUCUUCUGUUGCAAAGGAACUUGGAACCUUAUUAAGUGGCGGGCUAGCUUUUAGUGAAUGAGACACUACAUUUUAAGAAAUUCUGGGAAAUUAUUAUGUUUGAUUUUCUAAAUGAAUGGUGGGAUAUUAUUAUGUUUGAUUGAUCUCUGAUCAUUGAGAAUAUAUGGCUAGUAAUCAAUGUAAUUAGGAUUAAGGUCUGUAGGUUUAAUAUCUCACUUGGAGAAGGAUGUUGUUUGUUUUGGGGCAAUAGUAUUUUGGGAUGAAAUUUGGAAUAAGAAAAACUCUAAGCAAUUAUUAUUGAGAGUUUGAAUUUGGAAAGUAACAAGGAUUUUUCAGGGGUAUGGGAUGAAAUUGAAAAUGGGUUGAAUGGGAAUGAAGAGUGUUGAUUUGUUAGUACCAAUGUUAAGAAGUUGGUUGAUUUUUUAUUUCAAGAUAUGCAGAAGAAGUUACUUUUCAUUUGGGUGAGCACACACACUCUUAUAUUUGAUUAUUCCUAGCUUGAACUUUAGUACACACUCUUCCAUCGUGUCUCUCAGCCGCGCGUGGCGGCUCCUCUCUGGCGGUGCUUCCACCCGCUGAAUCGGUUUUUCCUCCUGGAUCCAGAUUUGGUCUUAGCGUUUCCAAGAAUUCAAUUUAUCUGCUCCAAGCCUAGAGCAUUCAGUUGCUUCAGCUGGAGGAGGAGCAUUGGAUUUAGUCUUGUUGGAAACAUAAUUAGGAGUGUUGGAAAUAGGACAUGAUUAAUGUUGCACAUUCUAAGAAUUCUUUUUUGACAAGACAUUCAAAGAAUUACUUUUGCAGGAUCGUUUGGACUGUACAAUAAGUACUUUUCAUCCACCUACUCAACCAAAUAAAAAAAUGGUGUUUAAGGAUUUGAAUAAAGUUUGGGAUCAGUUUAAAAGUUUUAAUGCUAAAAACACUCUGCUUGUUGAUGAUUCUCCCUAUAAGGCAUUGCUUAAUCCCCCACACACAACAUUCUUCCCUCAUACAUAUAAGUUUUGGCACAAAGCUGACAAUUCACUAGGCAAGCUACAUACCCUUACCUCUUGUUCAAAAUUUCCUUAAUCCUCUAUGUGACUAUAUUGAAAACUACAACUGUUGUCUGAUAUUAUUUAAUUCAACACAGGAGAGGAUGGACGGUUACGGAUGUUUUUGGAAGGAUUGGUGGAUGUUGUGGAUGUACAUAUUUGGUUUAGAUGUUGUAUAUAGGGAUCUUUGAUGUAUUUUCUAGAUUGGCCUAUGUUGCCUUUAUUUUGUGGUUCACAACACUUUGUGUUUGGAAGAAAAUACUUUGAAUCCUAUGUAUAUUAUUUAUCACUGGUUUGAGUUAUGAUAUAAGUGUUUUAUGUUAA